UGAAGCCAUAGUAAAAGUAAAGUAAAGAAGCAAAUCAGAAAUCACUAAAAUAUCUCAGACUAGGCCUAAUUAUAUACAAAUUUAACAACCAAUUAUUACAACAAUCACUGUACCGCAAAACCUACAUUCAAGAGCUAUUAAUACGAGUUUAUAACUUAUUGAAGACUUUGAUUUAUCGAUCCAACAUACAAGAUAAUAGCCUAAUGUCAUGUCAUAAUGUGCAACCCAUCCAAAUGAAUGUAAAUAUGACAGGACUAGGCCUAAGUGUAUAAACUCUAUAAUAUAAUACUUGUGCUAGUUUCAAUAAAUAGUAAAUAGGCAUCGCCUGACUUAGAAGAUCAGUAUGAGAAACCGAGUGAGCAAAUUUGAAAACGUAAAAUUGGAGUAUUUGAAUCUAAAAAGAAUUUGCAGAUUCUGCCUAUCUGAUCGCAAUAUUUUAUUGCCAAUAUUUGGUCAUAGUGCAAAUGAUCGUCUUUUUGGAUUAUCGACUCACAUUAAAACAAUAAUAUCUGUUGAGAUGGAGGAGGAUGAUAGCCUACCAUCCCUCAUGUGCCACAGUUGUUUGUAUAAUUUCGAGCAAAGUUUGGAUUUUAAGUACCAGUGUGAGCAAGCAGAUUCUGCUUUAAGGAUCUACAUUAAACAGCAAAGUUUAAAGAACAUAGACACUGCUAAGGAAGAAUCCAAUAAUGAAUCAACUUUCAUGAAUUUUGAGGAUAUAGGGAAGCAGGAGCCUACUGAAAAGAAGGAUUCUGCUUGCCAAGCAGAAUUCUAUGGAGAGAAUGUCCUUGACAACAACCAGACAUCAACCGGUGAACUUGAAACCAGUGCUGAGAAAGUCAACGACACAGAAACAGAAGUUCACAAGCAGACUGAAGGGAACGGAGAAAGUUUACAAGGCGAAGCUGAAAACAACCUUCAGAUGGAAGAGAACAUGAAUGACAUGGAGGAGAGUAUGUUCGGCAGUGAACCGUUCAGCCUUGAUCUGUGUAGCGUGAGGUUGCGGUCGGAAUGUAAAGACACGGAAGUGGAGGACGUCGUGGUGUAUCCAACCACACACCUGGCGGAGGAGGAACAGUGGAGCGAAUCUGGGUCCGAGGCUAGUGAUGACUUUGAACACGUGGAGCCGGUCCAUGUGCCAGUCAGCAGCAACCAUUGUCCUGCCUGCAACAAGGGCUUUGUCAACCUCUCGGACCUUCAGAGACAUCAGCUCAUACACAAACAAGAGCCACCGUAUCCGUGUGACUACUGCGACCAAGAGUUUGAAGAAAAGACUCUGCUGAAGGCUCAUUGGCGGACUCAUGCCAGGCAGAGGCCCCACAUGUGUCUAACUUGUGGAGAGGCGUAUGCUGACAGAGCUGACCUGCUGAAACACUUUGCCGUACAUGACCUCAUCAAGCCAUACCACUGUCCAGGCUGUGGCAAGGCCUUCGCUUACAGGAGUGAUCUGCGCAAACAUGCCAUCAUCCAUACAGGUGCACGUCCGUUCAAGUGUCCGGUGUGUGGGAAGACGUUCACCCGCAGUACCAACCUCAACAAGCACGCCAGAGUACACUCCGGCCGUCGUCCCUACCCGUGUGAACACUGUGACAAGAUGUUCUCUUCUCGCGGAGACCUUGUGAGACACGCUGUCAUACACACCGGGGAGAAACCUUAUGCUUGUCUCAUCUGCUCUCUCGCCUUCAAUCGCAAGGACAAGUUAUCUCGCCAUGAGAGAGUCCACAUGACUGAUCGUCCGUUUGUGUGUACCGAAUGUCCAACUAGCUUUCAUCGUAAGGAAGAGCUCACUAAACACUGCAAAUUCCAUCAUUUCAAACCGGAUCCUGGAUAUUUUAAAUCGACUGUUGAAUAAAGCAAUGCAUUAACCUUACCAAAGACUGUCAAAUACUCUAGUCAAAGAAACGAUUCUUACUUCACAUCAGUAAGAAGUAAAAUAAUAUUUAAGUUAUUAUUUAGUUACCAAAGAAAUUUAUUUACGUACAAUGACGAUCCAUUUAUCAUUUUACAAAAGUGUAUAGGUAUUGAAAGUAUUUUGUUUGUGUUUAUUUUUGUUUUGUUUUUAUUUUGUUUUUUUGUUUUUAUUUUCAAUCAUUAGACAUAAUGGUUCCUUUUUUACACUUUUGCCAAAGAACUGUUAUGUUUAGUUACCCAAUUUUGUUUGUUUCAAGGUAUUUCACCUUUAUCAAACAAUCUAUUUAUAUGUUGUUCCUUUUACUUUUAGGUAGUUAAGAUAAGUGUUAUUUUUACGUUUUUAUACAUAAUCUGAAAAUUACCAAAGUACCUAUUUAUUUUGUGUUUUGUCAAAGUAGUUUGUGAGUACUGUGUGUUAUCUUUUAGUUUUCCCUCAUGUGAUACUAACAAAAAUAUUUAUAAGAAAAAAACAUACAUGAUGUGUUAUGAUUUUUUCAUUGUUCACUUUACGUUUAAGUUCUAUGAUCAUGCGUGUUAUACCAGUCCACAAAAUU